CUCCGUCCCCCUCAGCCCGCCGGCGGCUCCCGUUAAGCGGCGGCGGGUUCCUGCUUCCGUCUCCUCACCGCGGGGUCUCCCCGCCUUCCUCCCCCGCGCCGCUCGCCCCGGCGUCUCCCCUCGCCCGGCACCCUCGGCGCCGGCAGCGCGGGCCCCGCCAGCGGCGCCGGCACUCGGAUAAUUACCUAGGCUUCAAAAUGAAAGUGAGGAAGAAGAGUCACCAGAAGUAUUAAUUUGUAUAAUAAUUAUUGCUGUUAUUAAUUUCACUUGCUGCUGGACUAGUGGAAUUAUUUGUUAACCUCCAAGCCCAUGAUGCAGUUGUGUUUAUUUCCUGCUGUCAUGGAGAGGAAUAUGAGUGAAGAAUGAUGCUAUAUUAAUGCUUUCUAUGUACAGCACCAUAAGGAUUUUCUCUAAGGAGUUGCAGUAAGAUAAACACUGAGAAUAAUUUUUCUCUGGUACAAUGUGGUGAAGAAGAGGAACUUCGAAAUUGUCCACUUUUGUACAGGCGAAGGACUUAAAAUGUUUGUUAUUUUGUGAGCAGAAGCAGUUCUGGAGUGAAUUGAACUUCUGAAAAUGCGGCCAUGGACUGGUUCCUGGCGUUGGAUUAUGCUCAUCCUCUUUGCUUGGGGAACUUUACUCUUUUAUAUUGGUGGACACCUGGUACGAGACAGUGAGCACCCAGAUCACUCUAGUCGCGAGUUAUCCAAGAUACUUGCUAAACUUGAACGUUUAAAGCAGCAAAAUGAAGACUUGAGGCGGAUGGCAGAAUCUCUCAGGAUACCAGAUGGUCCCAUUGAUCAGGGACCAGCUGCAGGAAAGGUACAUGCUUUAGAGGAGCAACUUCUGAAGGCCAAAGAACAGAUAGAGAACUAUAAGAAGCGGACAGGAGAUGGAGGCCUUGGAAAAGACCAUGAAAUAUUGAGGAGGAGGAUUGAAAAUGGGGCUAAGGAACUUUGGUUUUUCCUCCAGAGUGAAUUGAAAAAGUUGAAAAAUCUAGAAGGAAGUGAACUGCAAAGACGCAUUGAUGAAUUUCUGUCUGAUUUGGGUCAUCAGGAAAGGUCAAUAAUGACCGACUUGUACUACCUCAGUCAAACAGAUGGAGCAGGAGAUUGGCGAGAAAAAGAGGCCAAAGAUCUAACAGAUUUGGUACAGAGGAGAAUAACUUACCUACAGAACCCGAAGGACUGCAGCAAAGCUAAGAAACUCGUGUGUAAUAUCAACAAAGGCUGUGGCUAUGGUUGUCAACUUCAUCAUGUAGUCUACUGCUUCAUGAUUGCUUAUGGCACCCAGCGAACACUCAUUUUAGAGUCUCAGAAUUGGCGCUAUGCUACCGGUGGCUGGGAGACAGUAUUCAGGCCUGUAAGUGAGACAUGUACUGACAGGUCAGGUACCACCACUGGACACUGGUCAGGUGAGGCUAAUGAUAAGGAUGUUCAGGUGGUGGAACUUCCCAUUGUUGACAGCUUACACCCACGGCCACCUUAUUUACCGUUGGCUGUCCCUGAAGACCUGGCUGAUAGGCUAAUUCGUGUACAUGGGGAUCCUGCAGUGUGGUGGGUCUCGCAGUUUGUGAAAUACUUGAUUCGUCCACAGCCUUGGUUAGAAAAAGAAAUAGAGGAAGCCACAAGGAAACUUGGUUUCAAACAUCCAGUGAUCGGUGUUCACGUCCGAAGGACAGACAAAGUAGGAACAGAGGCAGCAUUUCAUCCCAUUGAAGAAUACAUGGUACAUGUUGAAGAGCGGUUUGAACUUCUUGCUCGCAGAAUGCGUGUUGACAAAAAAAGAGUGUAUUUGGCUACAGAUGACCCUUCACUGUUGCAAGAGGCAAAAUCCAAGUAUCCAAAUUAUGAAUUUAUCAGCGAUAACUCCAUAUCCUGGUCAGCAGGACUUCAUAACAGAUACACUGAAAACUCCCUGAGAGGUGUUAUUCUGGAUAUUCACUUUUUGUCUCAGGCAGACUUCCUGGUCUGUACAUUUUCGUCCCAGGUUUGUCGAGUUGCCUAUGAAAUUAUGCAGACGUUGCAUCCAGAUGCUUCAGCAUAUUUCCAUUCUUUGGAUGAUAUCUACUACUUUGGGGGACAGAAUGCCCACAACCAGAUUGCUAUUUAUGCUCAUCAUCCACGAACUGCUGAUGAAAUUCCUAUGGAACCUGGAGAUAUAAUUGGCGUAGCUGGAAACCACUGGGAUGGUUAUUCAAAAGGCAUCAAUAGGAAAUUAGGAAGAACAGGCCUGUACCCAUCUUAUAAAGUUAAGGAGAAAAUUGAAACAGUCAAGUAUCCUACAUACCCAGAGGCUGACAAGUAGAUUAAAAAGAAGACAUUCGGCAGUGAUUCUCCAUUUUGAUUGGUUUGAACCAGUCAACACACUAACUAAUGGUUUAUAUGGGAUUUGGAUAUGCAUUUUAACAUGCAGUUAAAAUCGAAGCCUUUAGUAAUGAAACUGGAUAAGAAGCUGAGAACAAAUGGAUGGGCUAUUACCUGAACUUAAACAUUAUUUGUUAUAUGCACUCUCACACAUGCACACACAAAAUCACAUGCAACAGGAAAACUGUUGUUUUAUACUUUUUGUCUCUUUUCAGGAUUUGUCCCAGUCAUUAGUCUUACAUGAGCUUUGGGCUCUUUUCUCUGCCAUUAAUUGACAAUAAUGUUUAGACUUACAACACUGCCACAUUGUGUAAUUUGAGUGACAUGAACAUAUUUUGUAUGUGCAAAAUUUAAAACAUGGUGCCUAUAUUUGAAAAAUUUGUGACCUUUUUAGAAGAGCCAUGCCUAUUUCACAAUGGGCAAGAGUCAAUCUUCAACUGGUGUUACCUUGACCACUGAACUUUCUUCAAACAACAGAUUCAGAUUUCAGACUAGAUUUCUUUACAAGUUUAUUUUUAGCAUUCCAUUGAUUACUUCUCAUCAUUAAUAAAAUAAAGAAUACAUCCAACAAUAAAAUAGUCCCUGUCUGUUAGGAACUUUUGUAAAACAAUGCCAUUAACAGAUUCUUUAGUACUGAUAAUGUUUCUGGACAUUGCCUUUGAUUAAAAAAAACUAAAACAAACCACAAAACCCACAGAGGAAAAAACUGAUGGAGUUUCACUGAAUUUUUAAACACUCAUUAAGUAGUACAACAACUGCUAGUGGCACAGUGUUUCUCAGUUCUGUGGACAGUGGGUUUUAGCAGAAUGACUUCAGUGGCUCAAUUUCUUACAUUUAUUCUCUAGCACUGUUCUUUUACCUUCCGUGUUUUUCUUCUGAAAAUAUUUUUUGGGGGAUAAUAUAGAUAGACACUUAUGAUUUUGGCAUUGAGUAUAGUUGCUUUUAAGUAAAAUACUCCAGGUUAUCCCAUUUAUAGAACCUGCCAAUCUAGAGUACUCUAAAAAAAAAAAUCUAACAAUUUGCCCAGGAAAUAGUAGGUUCCAAGAAAAUAUACACAAGGAUGAAUUUUUAUGCAUGAGAUGAUAGAUUAAAUUGUUAGUAAUUCUUAGUAUUUUGAAAUCUGUUGCUAGUCUGCACUCUAUUAAGAAAAGAGAUAAUUUACAAAACAAUUUUACAAACAAAUUUGUAGGUUUGGGGAUUGUGUGUGUGUGUGUAUAUAUAUAUGUAAAAUGUACAAGAUAUCAAGAGAUUAUUUCCAAAUAGAAAGAAUAUUAAUAGCAUUAUACUGGUUCUAGUGCAAUCCAAUCUGGAAUACUGGAAGUGCAGAAAAUGUUUACUAUUCAGACAUUGAGAAAAUGCCACAUGAGUAAAGAUUAAAAAAGCAUAACUGGUUGACCUUAACAAAGCAAAAGCUAAAAGGAUAUUUAAUUAUAUUUAUAAAUAGACCAAGAACAGUGUUGACAUAACGAAUGGAUACACUUGACCAUGAAUAAAUUUUAGGCUGAAAAGUAAAAGGAAAUCUGUGGAGGUGUGAAGUCCAGGGAAAGUCUGCUAAUUGAAAUAGUGGUGAGUAAGUUGGAACUUGAUUGGUAUGUAAAGGAAUUAAGAAAGUAGUUCUCUGUGACAUUACUUGCAGGACUGAUUCUGUAGAUCCCUUCCAGUUAUGUGUUCCUCAACUGAAAAACUAUUUUGUGUCUUGAAUAACAAAAUCAAAGCUGAAAACUGCUGUGGGGAAAAAAACCAAACACAUAAAUUGCCUGUUAAUAGUAUUAAAUAGAAAUAUCAGUAAAAUUGCGCAUAGUUACCAAAUGGGAUUUAAAGAGGGACUGAAGGAUAAAAGCAAAUGGGUAACAGUGGCCAAGAAAUGCUAAAGAUGAUGAAUUUUUGUGACUAAAGAUGACUGGAGUUAAACUGGUGUUUCUUUAUAUUGGAGUUACUAAGGAAGCUGUUCAAUGUUAGUUUACUGUCUAAGAGAUUCUGAUAGAUUUUCCACUAACUUUGCCAAACUUGUGGUAUUUCAGAGGCACAAAUUUAGGCUAAAUUAUAACUUUUUUUUUUUACUUAAAUUUGAAUUGUACAUAUAAAGCUAUUCCUAUUUUCCUUUUCUACUUGAAAAAAAAAAUCCAAACCUGCAAACGUUUCUUCCUCAAUUUUUCAAUCAGUACAUUUUAGCUUUCAGAAAACUACUUUAAUUAUUUCUCCACAAAUAUUACAAUAUCUGUUUGAUAUUUAUAGAUGUUGAAAAUGUUUUAUUUUUGAAGCUCUUUACUUACAACUUCAGAGCUCAUUAUUUCCAGCUCACUUACUUAGAGCGUGAUGCAGAAAUAGUAUUCAUGAAUGAAAUAACAUAUGAAAAUUUCUUCAUAGUCAGGUAACUCAAUUGAAAAUAUCACUAAAGAAGAUAAAUAGCAGAACAUCUAAGAGGAGCCCAAAGGCAAGAGUAGAACUCCUGAUGUAGUAACAAGAGAACUGAAAACACAGAUGUUAUAGAAGACGUACCUAUAUAAUGAGGCAAUUCCUCAACAGGCUAUAAAGCUGAAAAAAUAUUGGCAAGGUACAUGUGCCUCCUUACAUAUUCUAAGUAUCUAAUGAAUAAUGAGCUCGUUGUCUUUGAGAAAAUGAUUAUGAAAUGGUAUGAAAUUAUAAAAUUAUUGUUAAUAAUUAGAAAUGGACUAAUGUAGAUGCUAUGACCUUAUUCUCCCUGGACCGUAUGAUCCUCUAGUGCUUGUAAUGCAGUACGUCUCAGAGGAAGGAACCUAGCAAUACAUUGCUUAACUAGAUGUAUCUGUUUCUAGAGAUUUUUUUCCUUUAAGACUACCGGUUAGUUACAUCUUGGAAUCCUGUGACCUUGGGAUGUUAAAACUGAAUUUGUUUUAUAUUAAACAAAAUGAAUAUUAGAGACUUUACUCUCAAUUACAGUGGAGUCCAGGUAGUAUGAAAGGAUCUAUGGGUAAAUGAAAAUGAGACCCCCAAAUUUUUAUUGUAGCUCACAGAAAAGCAAAAUAACAGGAAAGAGAAGUUCUGUCUUAAAUACCUGGAAAAAAGCUGAAUCUUUUGAAAGUUGUGAACUCAUUAAGAUACUACCCAGAAUGCUUGCGAGCAAGCUGCUAUACAUCUUGUUUCUUCCAUUCACCUUGUAGCUCUGCAACAAUCCAGCCAUGUAAUUUUUGCCUCAUACCAAACCACCAAGUCUGACAUCCAUAAAACAGACAGCCAUCAUACUCUCUUAAACAAGCUAAUGUUUAAUUAAAUUUUUCCUCUUUAAGGAGCAUUUGUGUGUGUGUGUGCGCACGCGUGUUGUGUUCAUAAAAAAGAAUAUGAACAGUGCUCUUCCCUUCUUUGCUGUUUUACAUUAUCAUUCUUUGUCACGUUCUCUGUAAUGACUUAUUUUCUGGGUAAAUGUAGUCUCUGUAAACUGAAUAUUCUACUUGCUUCUUACCAGCUGGGCUAAGAAAUUCAUUCUGAGUAGUUCAGUUAACUAGUUUUCUGUGACACUGGUGCACCUGGAGGCUGUGGUCAUGAGCAGCAGUUCGCUGCUGCAACUACACCAACCUGAGUUCGGUCCUUGAUUCUUAGUCCAGCCUGCAGUCAGAUGCAUGGGAUUCCCAAGCCUCCUCUGCCAGCAUCGUAUCCCUGUAAACUGUGCGGUAUUAUGGAUUUGUUCAUGAAGGGUGAUGUUUUAUUUCAAAAUUUUUAAAUAUCUGUCUCCAGAGGAGUCUUUUGUGUACCCCCUCUACCACUGAAUUUUAAGGAAACUUGCAGUUACCAGUAAGAUGUCUCUCCUUUACCAGUUUUUCAGAAAAGAGAACUGGUGAUACCUUUCUUAUGGAGAGAGAUUCACAAAGUGAAAAUUUCCUCCAUAGUGGGUUUUAUGUUUCUUUGAUAUGCAAUUAUAAAAUAAGGGUCUUGGCUUCUGAGCUAGGAACAUAAUAGAGUAUAAAACAGAAAAUUUUUAUUACAAAUUCUUGAUAAGGGGAGGGAGAUUUUCCUUCAUGCUAGUGGAGUAGCAACUACCAUUUGGAACUUUUUCAAAACAGUGAAUUGAACUUUUGUUUUUCCAGGUUGUAAGUUUCUUUGCAAUGUAAUCUCUCAAGUUUCUAAAGAAUCCAGGUAAAAAUCAUGUGCUUAGUUUGGGAGGUGGGAAGGAGAGAGUCUAAUAAGAAAACAUAAUAUUAUACUUUCAAUUUAAGUUGCUAUAUCAGUUUAUAAAGCCACAAAUAAACUUUCAGUGCUGGAAUAAGGACCUCUGCCAGCAAAAUCAUUCUGCUCUUUGCCAGAAACACUUACAAUUUGCAACCCCUCUUUUGAUUUUGCCUAAUUCCAGUCCCAGUCGUGUAUAAACAUCAUGCUGCUUAUAUUCUGAUCAUUGAUUGUUAACUCUAUUAUAGUUUCAUUCCUUGUUUGGGUGGCUUGGGAGCAGGCUGUCAGAGGGCACAAACUUUGGUUUAGUUAUCAUGUUGAAUUAAAAUUGCAUUUAAAACUCACAAAAAUUGUUUCCCUAAGGCACCACUAGGAUUCUAAGUACAGUCUACAGACUUUUGUCAAGAUCCCCUAUAUGUACCUGCAAGCUUAUAGAAAGCUGGACCGAAGCAAAGAAAGUUCUAUCAAUAUUAGCCACAAACAGGUUGAGUUAGAAUUCAUAGUAUGUUGUUAAUUUCUAAAAAGCAUGAAAAGUGGCACUGCAUUCUACAAAUAAGAGGAUAGUAUAAAAUUUCCAAGCCUACAAAAACCAAAAAUUGCUAGUCUGUUUGCGUGUGUCACUAGAUGCAUUCACUGUGUACAAGAUUAUUUCAGAAUCAAAGUUCAUGAGGCAGAAGUCUUCCAGCAUUACUACAGGCAUCUGAGAAUCCCUUCCAUUGAUGUGUCUGCUGGUCUUUACCCUUUUGGUACCAUGUACAAAUACCUAACAAUGCUGAUGAUGUUUGCUAAUUAGUGGAACCUUCCUUUAUUUUGCAUGCUUGUUUCCUUUGACUCAACUUACUUGUCAGCAGAAUCCUAUUGCCACUUCAAUUCAAACAAGUUUGAAUUAAUACAAAGGUACGGCAAUUGUUUGCACCAAAAUCUCUUUACCAUUGCUUGAAAUUAACUUCAUGCUCUUAGACUGACUCCUAAGGAGACGCUGUUGAGGGAAGGAGUUAGCUCCACUGGACUAUAAUGUAUAUCUUCUAUGACUGCUAACACAUACAUGUACUGGUUUUACUUUCAAUUUUGCAUGAUUUUUCCACUUUAUACAGACUCAAGAUUUUGUUUUUAUUUUAGUAUAUUUAUGAAGGAUUUUCUUGAGCAUGUUUGAACGAAGUCACAACUAUCCUACAUUUUUUUUCAAGAGGCAUAUUGGACCUCACUCCAUUUCCUCUAAUUGUAUUAAAGACAUCCUCUAGCCCCAUCAUUUUAAUGGAAUCAUUUAGAUCAAUGUUUCCUGAAGACUAUGACAUUUUUAUUAACCCUACUGCCUACUUGCAUCUGAGCCUGAUCUACUGUGAUUUUAUGAACCUUCUUCAGACCUUUGGGCGCAGUGUGUUUUGAUUUCCUUGCCUAGUGGCUAGUGGUCAUUACUUGACCAGGAAGUGUCCGUAUUUGAUUUUCAUAAUACAGUGUGAAAUUAUAUUUCUUGCAGAUUAUUAUUUUUUUUUUUUUUUUACUAAAUGCAUUUUCAUAUUUUCCCUAACUGGUAUAGUCAAGAAUUCAAAGAGAAAACACCAUGAUCCAAUGUGCCUAAUAAGUGUUUAGGAGGCUUACAAGGUAUAGAAGUUCCUUGCCUAAUAAGAUUUACAGCUCGCACCGUGGCAAGUUUCUUGACCCAGAUGAAAGAUAUACUUUCGUAGCAUUCCCUAUCCAUAUUUGCCUAUCAAUAGACACUAAUGCUUGCAGCUUAAUAUACAAGUGAUAAGGACACAUUCUGAAUGCAAUUUUUUACAGGACCAUAAGAGACGUGUCAUUUUCUUUUCUUCAGCCUUAGAAUCCUUUAUUUUAGCCUGGUUUUAGUGUUCCUGCUCUCUUCCAUUGGCAUUUUUGUUUGUAUAAUAGAGAUGCACAAUUCUCAAUUACUCCACUACAAGUAGAGCCACAAGAAUAUUGUAUCUCAGCUGUGAGAAUCCACUGAACGUAGAGAUUGCUGUCCAACUGUAUACAGAAGAUCUGUCUCUAAAAGAAGCCAAGUAUGUUUGCUGAUAUCUUUGCAAACAGUACCAACUUAGAAGAAUGGGAGGAGACCAAAAAGCAGGACGUCCUACUUCCUUCUUUGUGAAUGAGAAGGAAUUGGGCAUCCGUUAUGUCCAACCAAGACACUGGAAAACAAUUGACUAGUUGAUGGGAGUAGUUUGCUUCACUACUUCAGCCUAUUGCUGGAGAAUGAACUGUGAUGAGUUUAUAAUUUUAAAUCUGUGGUCUCUUUGUAACAUCUAUAAAAUUUUAUUUGUUUUCACUUGAGAAUAAAAUUGUUACACACAAAGCAUAAAUUCAGGUUUGUGGGAUUAAAUGGACAGUGUUUCUUCAUGCCUCACAUAGAGUUCAUUGCGCACUAGCAUUUCUUAAAAUGAUUUUUUGUUUAUGACUAAACUUCAAUUAUUCAGCAAAGAUAGACAAAUCUUGUCAUAUUUUUUAACCUGUGCAUCACUAGAGGUUAUACAGAGGCUAGCGCUAAUGAGCCUUCAUAUAAUACAUUUAGGGUUGAUGGAUUCAUUUCCUUAAUUUUUUUUUUAUGUACAACAGAAAAAAUGUUUUCUAAAUAUUGAAAUAUGAUAAGAUGUAUCUGCCUGCUCAAAAGGUAUUUCUCUAGGGCUGCUGAUAUGUUAUGACUGCUCUUUAUUACAGUGAUUCAUAUUAACUCAUGUUCUCAUGUUUCCAAGUGUGUUGUUCAUUCCUUUUGUCUGAUGUUUAGAUUAUAAGAUUUAUGAUCCAGGAGUCUCCUUUAUUUUGUGUUUCCAGCACUCUUGUCACAGCAGGACUCUCGUCAUUCAGUAGGAUCCCUACACAGUACAGUAAUAUGAAUAAUAAUUGUAGUCAUAAAAUGGGUUAGGCAUUUCAUCUAUAAUGCUAAAUUCAAUGUGAUUUUGUAGUUUGCUUUUAUUUCUGUUGCAUUAAUAUUUUGUUAAGUUAUAUAUAUUUUUUAUUUGCCAUCCCGUGUAUAUGAAAAAAAAAUUGUUAAAAAAACCAACAAAACAAAACCCAAACCCAGAUACCAGAAGUUGGAUUCAGGAAGUAUUCUUAGUUCCUUCUUACAUGCUGAUGACCUUUGUUAAUAGUGGUAAAUUUGUAUGUUUGGUUCUGAAACAGCACAGUGAUUUAAGAAAUUACCUUAUGUACUUUUUUUGCUCUCCUUCCUUCUCUUGAGACUUAGUAACUAACCAUGUGUGUACUAAAUCUGUUUCCAUGUGAAUUCAAACAGGUUCAAAUCUGUGCCACUGCUGAUUGGGUUCGUAUAUAUUAGUCAAUGAGUAUUUUCAAAGUAAGCAUGAAUGUAUAUCCUUCAUUUCAGAGCUUUUAAAAUUUAAUGUAGGAGAGUAAAUGUAAGAACCGUAGGAAUAAUAGGUUUUUAUUAUCUUUUGUUGAAUGGCUAGAGCUUAGUCAUGCCCUUUUUCAUGCUCAAGAUAACACGUUUCAGGAACAUGAUAUGGAGAGACAGAUGCAUACACUGUAGACAGUUAUGUAUCUAAUAGGAAGGGACAAAAUCUGUUGAAGAGCCUGGAAGAAACCUCUAGAAGAUGAGCAUGCAACCGAGGUAAUGGUUGGCUUGACAUGAAGGUGUUUCAGUCUUUGCUUUAUCUGCCGAUGUGGUUGACUGGAGGUCUUGUUCUUCAUUUAACAGACAUACAUUAUUUUGUUGUGACUUCAUGCAGGAUGGAUGGAUAUUGGUUCCUGAACAUGCUAUUCCUUUUUGAUAAGAUGCAUCAUGUCAGUGCAGGUGCUCUGCUGUACUACCUCUGUAGUUAAACAGUCUGGAUUUUCUCAGUGCAAUGUUUAAUUAUGUUGUGUCUCUCUUCAAAAUUUCUCUUUAAGCAUUUUGUUUUAGUAAAGCCAUACACAAUGGUUAAAAAAAACAAAAUAAUAUCAUUUUUUGCUGAUUUGAGUCUGAUGUUUAUUUCUGAGAUACCUGUAAUUUAACUUGCUGACCUACAAAACCACAACAUAGAUUUUAACUUUUUUUCUGUGGCAAGUAGCUUACUACUGUUGGCUGUAGACAACAAUUUGGUGCUGAAAGGAAGCUUUAAGCCUCUGCGAGUAUUUCUGGCUCUUACUGCUGUCUGAGAAACAGUGGUGACCUCUCCUGACAGUGGACAUAUGGAGUCCCCAGAAACUAGUUUGGGCUAAUUCUGUGUGAUACGCUUUUUCCUACCAACAUUACCACUCUCUUGCCUAAGUCUGUUUUAUCCAGCUUUACUUUGUUUUAGAAUUUAUCUUGAAGUUCCUGGGGUACAGGGAAAUGGUGUUGUCUGUGCUUGAAAAGCUGUUGUAAAUGAGUUUUCUAAGCAUGCAGCUAAUACAGGAGACAACAAUGUCUGUUAAUCUCUUCAUUUAUGCAAUAUCUUCUCCAGCAACUUCUCUACCUGUGGUGCCAACUCAAUUUCUUUGUUUCCAAGUGAUUUCCUCCCUGUCUCUGUCUUAUAUGUAGAAUGAUCUUCUACUUUGUUCAUUGAGAUCUCUAAAAAACCGGUGUAUGUAAAAAAAAAAACAAAACCAGAAAAUUAAAUGCAAUUA